UAGAGGCUGAACAUUGGUUGAGUCUAAUUUCCCCAUUGUUCUCGUCCCCCUCAUAACUAGGGCUGACUGAGAUGAUAUUUUUUCUGUUUCGGUCAGUCUGAGCCAAUCAGGAUCUUUCAUCGUACUGAGCAGGGUCAGCCUUGACAGCUCCCGAUCUUGUCCCUUGGUAGACAUGCCUUGUUUUGUUAUUGAUUUUUACUUCAAUAAUUGAUGAUGUGUGGAAAUGGGAUGGAAGCUUGAGAGCUGGAUGCUUUCCCACUCUAGAGUGACGGAAUAGGAGAGGGUUGGCAGAUUGGGACUUAAAAGAAGUUUGAAUGUUGGCUUUUAAUGGCAGAGGAAAACAGAUGGAAGGGCAGGGAUCCUUAAUCAGAGUGCCCAGGUUAUUGAGAAACGAUAGCUAUGCCAGAAGUACAUCAUCUUGGUCUACUGCGCACCACUCACCACUGGAGAAAAUCAUGAAAAGGACAGAAAAUGCAAAAAGCUUCAUUAGGAAAAGUCUUAAAAGACAUGCCUCGGCACUGGUUUCAUCCUCAGGUAAAGAGGAGCGGAGAGGCUCGGGAUUCCUGGCAGGUUGGCCACACUGGCAAGAAUACAGUCGAAACAGACAAGAAAGAUGCUCCAGCAUAGAAGCAAUGGCAUCAGAUGACGCGGAGGACUCAGAACUUGUUUGUGAGGCUGAGGAGAGCCCAGUGGGGAAGGAGUCUGUCUCCCUGGCAGUGGGAGAAGGAUUUAUCACUGAAAUCCCCUUGUCUUUCUCCAUCCUGCAACGUUCAACCCAGGGUCCAAAUGUCCGUUUACAGGAGGCAGCAAGGAAGAUGCUUUGGGCCCUAGAAAAUGACAACAAGGAUAUUUCAAUGCUAUUUAAGGAGCUGUCUGCUCGACUGGUUUCUAUCCAAGCCAGCCAGGACCUUUUCCUUAUUACUUUCAAAACUGUGGAAGAGAUCUGGAAAUUUACAACAUAUCUGUCAUUAGGCUUUGUGGCUUGCAGCCUGGAACACCUGCUCUUUGAUGAGAGAUACUGGCUAAACUCGGCUUUAGUGGAAGAUACUGAAAUUCAUGUCUCUAUAAAUCAGGAUCAGCUGGCUAGACUUUAUCUGGGCCUACUCUUACAAGAAGGAAACUUCUAUGCCAAAUCAGUAGUCAGUAGUGGAGGCGGUAUUGAGUUUGAUGAAGGGAAUUCAGAAUUUCUAGAAGUCCGUCUCAAUGAUGUGGUUCAUAUAAAAGAUGUUGGAGAUGAGUCAGCAUGGGAAGGCCAGUCCUUAAGCACUGGAGAACGGGGUUUGGUGCCCAUUGUAGCUGUGGAGCCAUUGUCACAUCCCUUCUACCAAUGGUUUCUGAAGACAUACCCAGUGUCCUGUAACAUCAUGGAUCCCGACUGCUUGCUUGGAACAUCUCAACCAAUCGGAGAAGGUUUUUGCAUCGCCACAGACAACCACGUGGCCACAGGAUGGGAUGAGCUCAGCUACAUCACUGGAGACACCAUUGAAGUUGUAGGCUUUUUUAUACCAGGACUGAAGUGGUUUGUGGGCAGAUGCCCUUCUAAUGGAGUCAUGGGAUUUGUCAGAACUAAUAAUGUGGACACAAGCUGUUUGAAAGCCUUAGAUAAGGACUUGCUCUUUCUAAGUGAAGAGGAGAGAUCGUUCCUUAAUGUCCUCGAUGAUGACACCCAGAAAGGCUGCAUGGAUCUACUUAGCAGCCUCUGCCAGACAGAUAUCAGCUCAGUGUACAGACUCGAUGGUAUGGAACCUAUGGGCAUAUAUAUGAAAGCAUCCCCUGUUAUAAAUGAGGACUUGGGUGAAAUUCAGAUCACUGAGAGCUGGGAGGAGUGUGAAGCUGUAAGUGGCUCAUCCAAAGGCAGUGCAUCUGAGAAAUCUAGUCCAGACUCAGAAUGGAAAGGUGAAGUGGAGGGAUUCCAUAUUCAAGCACAGGACGACAUUGAUGACCCAAAGUUCUUUGUUGAUUUAAACACUGGGGAGGUGGAUGAUUCUGAAGUCUUUGAACCUGUCUUAACAUUCCUCAACAAAGAGGGUUACCAAGUCUACUUUCAGCCUUUAUAUGACUUGCCUAUGUCAUUCCUAAGCACCACAUUUUAUGGAUUUUCUGAGGAAGAAGAUUUGGUUUUCUACCUUGAAACGUCUCGAAACUGGGCUAAGAAAAGUCAGAUGACUUGGUCUCACAUACGUUGUUGCUUUCUUCUGGGGCGGAUUUGUGCCAAAAGAAUGAAGCUAUCCCAGGCCAGGGUUUAUUUUGAAGAAGCAUUAAGUGCUACAAGGCAGGGAUUUCUUGAUUUACACCUGUUGAGAGCUUUGUAUGGCAACCUCGCAGCUAUUUACUUGAAGCAGAACAUGAAACCUAAACAGGACUUAUUGGUAGAGAAGGCAGCAAGUCUCCUAGCAUGCUUGCCCCAUCACAAUUUCAGCUCAGAAAUAGAGUUUGAGGUGUUAAAAUACAUUUUAAGAAAAUCCAUAAUUGUUAACAAUGUCUCAUCUGAAGCCAGGACGUGUUUUCUCAUUUUCAGGCUGCUCCAGCAAUUGGGAAGAUAUGAUGAGGCACUGCCAUUUGUGGAACGACUGCAGUUUCUUCUCAUUGCUUCAUGUUCUCAAACAUUAAACCCCACAUUAGGUGUGAUGCCAAUUUUAAGUUACUUCUAUGACAAAAAAUAUCUUCCACGCGUUGCUUUGGCAUCUUCCAAACUGUGCAAGACUGUUGGCAUAAAAAUAAUGCAAUCGGCAAUGUGGAGAGCUGGGAUUGUUAUCCAAAAUAUUUAUAAGAUCACAGAGGGGUCUUUGAAAAACAACUACAUUCCUGCACAAGCUGCUCCUUACUUGAAACAUGCACUUUCCUGCUCUUAUGAGAGUGGAGAUGUGAAAGCUCAAAGAACAUUAUGCCUUAUUUUAUCUAAAUUAUACCUCCAAUAUAAACUAUUUUCAGGUGCCAUUUGUUACUCUAAAAGGGCUGCUGAAUUAGGCAGAUGGACCAGUGAUGAGGAAGCAUUUGAAUCAUCUGUCUUUUUGGGAUGGAUGUAUGUACUAGACGGCCAUUAUGAACAAGCUUGUAAGAUUCUGAUGUUGCUGCUAGAAUCCAUGCAGGAAACAGACAGUACCACCCAGUGCGGAGUUGUCCAUAACCUUCUCGCCAAUGCCAAAAAGAUGGAUAAUAAUGUGAUUGAGGCAUCGAGAGGGUACACCCAAGCUCUAAAAAUGGCCACAGAAACAGGGAACAGGCGAAACCAAGCAAUAGUGAUGGCUAAUUUUGGGAGAUUGUCUCUUUCCUGUCAAGCUGUGGUUAUGGCGGAAAGUUACUUUCUCCACUCUGUCCAGUUGUAUAUAGAAGUGCAGGGCAGUGAUGAGGCUGAGCGGGAGCUGGUACAGGUUUUGCAUUGGCUUGGACAGAUUUUCACUCAACAAAGAAUCCUCGAGAAAGGCAUACUAUGUUAUGAGCUGGCCCUAAUGUUUGCCUUGAAGUCUAACAACCUUAAAAGCCAGCUCAGUAUCAUUGAGGAAUUGUGCAAUUUCUACAGCAAAGUGUGCCCUGUCACUGCAACCCAUAUAAUCUACUGUGAACACUGGAUGUACCUAGUGCAGCUACUGAAGGACAAGAGAAAGGAAGGUGAAUUGCUGAGCACUCUGAGUCAGCUAUACCAGACCCUGAACACCGCCAAGUCUCUUCGAAAAGCCCUGGAUUACACCAAGCAAAGUCUAAGGAUUUCCAUUGAUCUGGGUCAACGUGACCAAGCUGCUGAAAAUUGGCUUCAAGCAGGAAGAUUGUAUUAUAUGAUGGGAGAGCAAGAGCUAGUGGAGAUUUAUUUAUACGCUGCUAUACAGGCAUCCCAAAAGGCACAGGACAUUGCCGCAACACUGAGGUUAUAUGAAGCAGCUGGAGAUGUUUUCUUUCAUGGAGUUCAGAGGCGAGAAAGAGCAAUGUAUUUUUAUAAGGAAGGUGCUCUCCCGCUAGCCAAGAAAGUCCAGGACACUGAAGCACAACUUCGUCUUUUUCAUAAGCUCACACAACUACUUGUAAGCCAAGGCCACUAUAAGAAGUCAGUGGAAUAUGCCACCAUGGCAGUCCGACUCAGUGCCAGUGUUGAGAGUCCACUAGAUGAGCUGGUUGCUUUCCAUCGCUUGGCCGGAGUGUACUAUUCCCAACGGAUUUAUGAGAUUGCUGAGUACUGUUACCUCAAAGCCCUGUCAUUAUGCCCAUCUCCCAUGCAGCAUGAUGCAGAGACUGGCUAUUACCUAAAGAUUUACUGGCGGCUGGGCAAUAUCGCUCUGCUUAAAAGAAAGGAUGCAGAAGAUGCUGCUACAUACUUCCUGCUGGCCCUGGCAGCUGCCAUUGGCAUUGAGAAUGAAGAGUUUCAACUGGUGCUAAGUAACAAACUUAUGGACAUAUAUGGAAAAUUCCUGCUGAAUGAGGAGCAGGCGGACAACUUCAGGAAGCUCCUAGUUCAGCUUAGCAUGAAGUCCACCUGAACGUGCACAGACCAGUCAUCACAUUUGUGGUGCAUUAUAGACUUCCCACUGUGUUAAACCGAAGGCCAAAGUUUGUUUCUGUGACACAAAUAUUAUAACCAACCACAGCAAAUAAUAUGAUUUCAGACCUUUCAAUAUGAGCCAGUGAAUAAGGGAGCCAUUGCAAUGGUGUAAAGUGGCCUGUACAGAACUUUGCACUGAAUGUAGCAUCACCAUUUGUAUUUCCCGUAAACUGAAGGGAAAUGUUCUACACCACGGCUUCCUAUUUUUUAUUCAGAAACAUAUAGACUUUGACAGCAGAGAAGAAUCAGUCGCCCGUUUAUAAAAAUGGGAACCGAUUAAGACAGGCCUCAAAUAACCCCUUAGCAUCAUCAGGCCUAUAUUUGUAUUUGCAGUUCAGGAGUCCUAUUAAAAUAAAGACAUUGGGUAGAUAGCCACACUGGAAUUAUCAAGGUUUAUAUGCUAGAAUUGGGCACAUUUUCAGAUGUGCAGUAACACAUAGCAGCCAACUAGGAUGCUGUUGUCAUUAUUCUUCGGCAGUAGACUGACCUACACUAACGGCUUGGUUGCUAUGGGUUACUGCACUGGUGCAAAUGACCUACUGCAGGAGCUAGUGCGGAAGGGGCUAGAUUAUUGCUGCAUUGCGUUUGUUGUCUCUUUGAGUACAAAAAUGUCUCCUUUUUUUUGUCCUACAAAUAACUGAAACAUGUAGCAGUCAUAUAACUAAAUCUGCAGCCUGGAAAAAACGCCCUUUCUCCAAAGUGGCAUUAGAUCUGCAGUCACAAGUGAAAUA